CCCCUGUCUGAAAACUUUGUGUCCUUUAUCUGAUUGGCCCAAAUACUACAAGUACUUUUCUGCGUAAUUCAUCUGAACACACACAAGUAAUAAUAAUCACUUUUGAUGGAGUAUUUAAUUAAGAUUUUGGACUUUUUUGUGAUGUUUCCUACCAAAAAAAUGGACUAUCAGCAUAUAAAUCUAUGCAUGUGUGCCACACAUUCAUCCAGUGGAAUGGGAUAAAACACAUAUUCACAUAACAGACACACACAUACAAUACAUCUGCUCUCCUGUUCAGCUCCCAAGUUUCCACACUUUCCUGACAAAAAUAUAAAACUCUAAAACUCUUUUUGAUUAUUAGCACAAUACACAGGCUGAGAAUUUGUUUUGCAGUCUACCUUAAUAGAAUAUUUGGGGAUUAGCAAAUAUUCCGUCCUGGCUGCAGAACAAGUUGGGUAACAUUCCAAUCAUUUUGGUGAACAUCAUGAGAAAAAUACAAGUGGGAGGUGAUUUCCUUGUUGUGACACAGAAGGACACUAUAAAAAUCCACUUUGCCACAGGUGUCUCUCGACUUCUAAUUGGACUACUUUGAAGAGCAGGUUCGCCUCACCUCAACAUUGCAAAAAUGACCUCCAAUAACGUAGAAGUGAGGACUGCUAAAAGAAGAGUGCACAUCAGUCUUCCAAAGAAAUACAUGUCCAGCUUGGCUGAACAUUAUGAACUGGAGCAUGGAUUGGUUGUAAAAGAUCUGAACCUCUAUUUAAAUGAAGGAUAUGUACGAGCUUACUUCAGAGAAUGGGGCACUGUCACUGCCUGUAAGGUUAGGAGGUGCCCCAACUUGGAGAAAAAUAAGGCAAUGGCCUAUGUGAGGUUUGCUACAGAGGAUGAAGCAGACAGAGCAGACUGGGCUGGUCCUCACUAUAUUGGAGGCCUUGAAGUAGACGUCAAACGAGUUGUUAGUCCAAAGAUGGAGGAGGAGGAUACAGGCGAUGAGCUCGCCACAGCCCCUGUUAUAAGUCGACCACGGCGUUCAAUGGGUCUGGGCUACAUCCUGGAAGAUGCUCAGUGGUUAGAUGAUGAUUUGGAUGAGUAAACAAAUACAUGGCAACAUGGAAACACACACUGUUUCAGAAGAUAUGUUUAAUGACAGUUUUCUACCUUCGAUGAAUAAUAAAGCUGUUUUUAUAACAGUGUGUUGUUUGAAAUAGCCUGUAAAUAAGAUACUCACUCUCUUCGUGUAACCAUUGCGAACACUGUGAAAAAUAACCUAAGUGAUUGCUUCUCAUCUUUGUUCUAAUGCUGUGAAACUGACUUUUUAAAUAAACGAAAGAAUGGUC